AUGGCCAAGUCCUGGGACCCCGGAUCGGGUAUGCACCAAGUGCUGAGGCGGCCCCGGGUUCCCGGGCAGAGGAACGGGCUCUGUGAGGUCACAAUGCCGCCCUUCCACUGGAGGCCACGGCCGGGGAGCGCCGCAGACACCUGCCCGGCUCCGCCUGGACCGGAGCGUCCUCCCGCGGCCUGGGCUCAGGCAGCUGCUUCCAGCCUGGGACCGGCCUCGGCCUCGGCCUCGAGCGCCUGGGGCCUGGACAUGAGUGCCCAGGAGCCCCCGCAGGGUCGACGAUUCCCCAUUGAGGCCGGAGACUCCCCUGGCCUUGCCGCCGCCCCCGAGGCCCAGGACAGCCCGGAGCCGGUCACUACCGAGCACAACCCUGUCAGGCCGCUGCGUCGCUGCCCUGGCUGCCACUGCCUGACGCUGCUGCACGUGCCCAUCGACGUCUACCUGGCCAUGGGCGGGAGCCCGCGGGCCCGCGCCACCUGA